AUGCACUCCGCCGGGCUGCAGGAGCACCAACGCGGCACCAGCAACGUCCCAGGUCCGUCAUCCUCGUCGGCAGCCCCCGACAGUCCGCCGAGGUCUUCCUGCUGCGAAAGGGACCGCGACAAUCAUCUCGUAGAUGAGAACAGGAACGAUACUCCCGGUCCCGCAAAUUCCGCCGGUCAGAGCCUGUCCCUCACCCUCGAGGACAGGGAACUGUGGACCAGGUUUCAGUGCAUCACCAACGAGAUGAUCGUCACCAAGAACGGAAGGCGGAUGUUUCCUGUGGUCAAAGUCAUCGCCAGAGGAUUGGAGCCGGCGGCCAUGUACACUUUGCUUCUGGAGUUCGUGCAAGUCGAUCCUCACAGGUGGAAAUACGUGAACGGGGAAUGGGUGCCAGGUGGAAAAGCGGAAGUGGCUCCACCGAACCCGAUCUACAUCCACCCGGAGAGUCCGAAUUUCGGUGCACACUGGAUGAAGGAGGCCGUGUCCUUCGCGAAGGUCAAACUGACGAACAAGUCUAACGGAAACGGACAGAUAAUGCUGAACUCGUUGCACAAAUACGAACCCAGGGUGCACCUCGUGAGAGUUGGUGCCGAGGAGCAGAGAACGGUCCUUACCUACAGAUUUCCCGAGACCCAAUUCAUCGCGGUGACGGCCUAUCAAAACGAGGAAGUAACUAGUCUCAAAAUAAAGUACAACCCCUUCGCGAAGGCCUUUUUGGACGCGAAAGAGAGACCCAGCGAUACUCAAUCAUAUCCGCAAUACACUGGUACUUGGUUCCUACCGCAGCCGACUAUGAGCUACGAAUACAACCCUGCGUCAGCCCUUGCCGUCGCCCAAAGUCAACCACAAGGCGGCUCGACCAGUCUGCCCACCUCCAUUUCGGUAAAUCAUAAAAACGCCUGUAGACCCGGACCUUACACGCUCAGGCCGAAGUACAUUCAGGACGAGCAACACGUCGAUCCCUACGGACCGGCGCUGCUGCAUUCGACGACGUACGUCGGCUGGGCGCCUCGAAGUCCCGAAGCGCUGGCCGCGGGUACUUUGCAGGAUUGGCCGCCAGCCUCGCCGUCGCCGUCAUCCUCGGCGUCAUCGCCGUACGCGCACUCCGGUUCGGCUCCAGCGACGACGACGACUUCCUGCACGGUCUACGUGCCAUCGGCACCCUGCAGCACGGCGACACACGGCCAGACGCACUGCGGCGAUUCGUCAGGGUGGCUGCACCCUUCGGCGUCCCCGAGCGACCAGAUGCAGCAGCCGUAUCUGAACCUGAACCUGCAUCUGCACCACCAGAUAUCCCCGUAUCCCCCGGGCGGUCCGAGCCUCCAUCAGCCGUUGAACGGACCCGCCGAACCGGACGAGUAUCACCCGGAGUACCACCACCAUCCCGGGCAGUCGCUGCAUCCCCAUCAGCACCACCACCCCCAGCUGCAUCUUCAACAUCCUCAAGGUACGCCCUCGCCGAAUUCGGUCGCCGAGUACGAGGCGCCGAAGGAGAUGCAGAGUGUCCAGGGGUACCCGGAGCAGGGAAACCCAGAGGAGGACGUAGCUAGCGAGGCUGGCCGGAGGUUUUCCUCGGUCGUCGAUCACCAUCAUCGGCAACACCAUCAGCAGCAGCAACAGCAGCAGCAAAGGCAACAGGACGCAUCGGCUGCCGAACAUCAGUCGAACUGGUCACCGCUGACACCUCCGCCUGCGCCACAGACUACCGCUAUUUGACCGGGGCGAGGUAAUCCACCUGCAUUACGGUGAAUUGAGAAGUGGAAGGGUCAAAAACAUGGGCACCGUACAUAACGAGUGAAUUUCGUAGGCUGAAUUAUCGAUUUUCGUUACCUUGCCGAUGCUAAAGGUAUAAUCAUAUUAUUCUUGCUGUAUUUUGCCUGGCGUCGGGUAGCGGUAGUAAAAUAUUUCUGCGCUGGAUAAGAUCGUGCAGCCGAAACAAAAUCACAGGUGAACCAACGGCGGCCAUUUUGAUUUCACGCCACCUGUGAAAUCUACAGGUAUCGUGGACACGUUAUUUUCAACGAAUUGACAAACACGUUUCUCACGAUCAGUUAAGGAUGUAUUGGCUAUACAUUCUCAACCAAAAGUUAGUCUCGUCGACAAUAUUGAAUACUUUAUGAUAAAAUAAAAAUCGGAAAAAAAUCAACCACUAUAAUAACGAUAAGAAAAUUAAAUUUGAAUAAUAAUAAUGCCAAAAAGUUAUCGAUAAAUUGUCUAAGUAAAACAUUGUUUAACAAAUUUUCGGGGAAUGUUUUUUUGUCAUGUGAAAUGAAUUUGUUGAUUUUUCUGAAUGCGAAUGAUUUUUUAAAGAAUUUUUGCAUUAUUUUGAAAUUAUCG